UAAUAAUCAACGACACUGUAUCUCUCCAUCCAGUAAAAAUAUGAAGACACCGAGAACCAUAACUAAUAAUAGCCCCAAUCUAGCUUACGGAGGAUUUUCACUUCAUCUCAACUGUUUAACUAUAUUGAGAAUCUGUAGUCUCCCCCUACUAGUGAGCUAUCUGACCUCACUCAGGAUGGGCAAAUUAGUAUGGAUUGUGGCCCAGACCCUUGACUCUGAACCAUGCAUUGUUUGGGAAAACAGGGUGUGGAACCUUGUAGCUUCUUAGUUCUUUUGCUGAUUCAAUCGCACAUUAAUUAAGAAAUUGAACCAACGGAUAGGACCUUUGUGAUGAUAUGUGUUUUGCAGUUACCUACGUCUUUGAUGCACUGUUUUUUUUUUGUUUUUGAUCAGAUAUUCAGUGUCAUUGAGUAUGUGAAAUGGAUUAUAGAAUUUCUAGAGGUUAUACCAUUGGGGAGAGGUGGGUCUUUUAUUCACAAAGAAAAUUCUUACGCUUUGUAGGUUCAUUUCUUUGUAACAAAGUGCUACAGUCAUGUCUGCAGUUCAGGGUCAACUUUUCCCUCUACUAUCCUAGGAUUACUUUACCGCCUACUAAACAUUUCAUGUUGACUUAUUUCCACUUUUGCAGUACUUUGUUGGUGUUGAUGAUACUGCUCAUACUUUCUUUGUUCUUGGUUUUAGGUAUCAUUGUGUAUAACUUUGUUCAUUCUUGAUGUCUGUUUUUUCUUCUUCAUUACCUUGGAGGUUUCUUGCAUUAAGGGGCUGCAGUUGAAGUGUAUCAAAAAAUAAGGAAGAAAAUGAAUGAAAAAUAUAUGUGAUAACUAAUUUUUAAAAGGAAAAUGGAUGUUGUUAUCAAUAGGCAAAUCGGAAGAAAAUGGAUGAAAUAAUAUGUGCUAACUAAUUAUUAAUAGGAAAAUGGAUGUUGUUAUCAGUAGGCAAAUCAGAAUAAUUAUUGACUUUUCUUUUACCAUUAUUAAAAGAAUAAACAAUGUAAUGAUGAACAGUAUUGGUUAGAAUUAUUUAGUUGGCUGAGACUACUGACUAGAUAUUAGCUUGUUUCUAUAUUAAAGCCCUAAAAAGCAUCCAUGAUUGGUAGUUAUUACAAAAUAUGCGCCAUUUUAUUUUUUAGCCAAAUGAGGCCUAAAGCACAGGACAAAGCAAAUAGUAAGUGUCACUUGUGCUGCUUUCAAAUGAGACUCAUGCAUAUGUAAGGAAAUUUUGACUAGUGAUGGUGUUAAGCUGAACAAGAAAAGGAAGCUACAAUAUGCUCUUGAGAAUCUGGUUUCGCCAUUGUCUAAACACAAGUUCGGAUAUCGAUUUAGAAGCACUGGUCAUACUAUUGCAGCAGAGACAGAGGAUGUGCAAAACAUUGACAGAGAAAUGGUUGCUGGAGGACUCAAGGAUGGAUCAGAGGAAUUAGGAGAUUCUUGCAACGACAGUAACAGCGUAAGUGAAGGUUAUGAUACUACCAUGACACUCGACCUCGAUGAUGAAGCAGAGAAGUCAUCUGGGAAAAUUGGUUCGCCUUCUGUCUCUUCUAACAAUUUCAACCUUGAUUCUUUCGACACUAAAACAGUUAAGGAAUCAGGCAACAAAGGAAAUGACAGCUUAGAGGAUAUUCAACUACUUGAGUCGGCAUAUAAAGGCAUAGACGAUCUACAUCCUGGAUAUGAGGAUUAUGGCCAUAACAUUGUUUCAGAACUAGGCAAGAACAACUUGGAGCAUUUAGAUGCAGAAAUCGAAGAUCUAAUGCUCUACUCAAAUGAUGUGGCGCCACAUGCAUUAUUGGUUUCGCCUGAAAGGUGGAGCAGCGGCAGAGAAAAAAAACACUGCCUUGCAGAUGCUCGAUUGGGCGCGAGGAAACCAACCAUUGACAAAGAGUUUGAGCAAUAUUUUUCCAUGUUGAUGCUUUAGCAAGGAAAAACGAGAAACUUCUUCUGUUUAUCAAUAAGUAAUUAUGAUGUUGUAACUUGAACAAGAUUGCAACCAUCAUGUUGUUGUGAAUAUAUUCUAGUUAUAAUGAUGUGGGCAAAAUCUUCUGCUGCCAAGAGAGUAUUGAGUAUCAUCCUCGAACAAGAACACUGUGUCCAGUAUCCCUGAAAUUGCUUGUUGCAGCAGGCAGCUCUAGGUUCUCUUGUUGUAUAACUUGUUUGUGAUGCAGACAAAGCAAGGUGGAAUAAUCAAAACUUGGAAUUUAUUUUCCUUUCAGUUCUAAA